AUGCUUAAUCCAGCUUUUCAUUUUGUUAAGUUACAAUCAUUGAUUCCGAUUAUGGUUGAUCAAACAAGAAAAACUAUUAAUGAACUUCUUUUAUUAUCAAAUGAACGUCAAUUUAUAGAUUUACAGACAGAAAUCAAUACAUUAACAUUAGCUAUUAUUGCAUCGAGUGCAUUUGGGAAAGAUUUUGAAAGUAUGACGAAUUCAAAACGAAUUAUUAAUCGAGUGGUUACGGAAUUAUUAGAAGCAACGGAAUAUCGAAUGGUACGUAUGAUCGAUCAAAUACCAAUUAUAUUACGAUUACCAUUUUGGCGUAAAGAUAUAAUCAAUAAAAAGUCAAAAGAAAUUUCAGAUUUUGUCGAUCAAAUUAUUGCAGAUCGUCGACAUAAUCGAUCAACUAGUCUAUCUUCUCACGAAGAUAUUCUAGAUAUACUUCUUUCAGCUGUCGAUACUCAAGGACAAACAUUUGAUGAUCAAGAAAUUAAAGAUCAAGCAUUAACUUUUGUACUUGCCGAUCAUGAAACAACAGAUAAUUUAAUGACAUGGACUAUGUAUAUAUUAAUGACCAAUGAACAAGUAUUAAAAGCUUGUCGUGAUGAAGUCGAUCGAAUACUUCCUAAUAGUAUUGAACCUACUUAUGAACAUUUAAAUGAAUUAAUUGUAUGCGAAGCUGUUCUACAAGAAACACUUCGACUAUAUUCUCCAGUACCGUUUCUCGCACGAAAAUGUGUUCGUGAACAUUUGCUAGGUAGUGAAGGCCAUCAUCAAAUACAUCUACCUGUUGGAGCAGAAGUAGGAAUUAAUACUUAUAUUCUUCAUCGACGAGAAGAAUUUUGGCCACGACCAUUAGAAUUUGAUUAUACUCGUUGGAUUCGAGAUCCUGUAACAGGUCUUAAACCAAAAUUAGCGCAUGCAUUUUGUUAUUUGUCAUUUGGUGCUGGAUCACGUAAUUGUAUUGGUCAGCAUUUUGCUUUACUUGAAGCUAAAGUUUUGUUAGCUAUGUUUUUACAAUGA